GAGUUUGGCCAAUUUCAUCUGGAUCAGGUAGGGACAAUCUGCCUUCAUUAACUUCUCAUUCUCCUUCUGGGAACAGUGUACUAGCCAGGUGAUAGUCUCAUGGUAAAUGGAAAGAGGAAUAAUCCCCAGUAUGGAAGCCAUCUCAAAUCUUUAUGCAAAGUGUAGUAAUUUUCUGUUCAUCAAAGUAAGUUAAAUGAUUGAACUCCAAGUUCAGGGGAAAGGUAGUCAGUCUUCCUGUGAUGGGAGGAUGCUGAAAGAUUAUAUAUCAAAGAGUCUGGUAGUCAGGAAUAUUUAUAAAAUUGCUGAAUAUUUUAAUUAAAUAAUAAAUAUUUAAACAUUAGACUUGAAAGAAACUUUACCAAAGGUCUAAGAAUUAGAGAUAUGUUUGAUAAAUAAAUAUUGUUCAUGGGCUGAAAACCCUGAGUGAGAAAAUAGGACUAAUUUCAGCUGGACAACCUCCUGGAAAUGCAUUUUUUAUUUUGGAAAUUACAAGAAAAUAAUUCAUUCCAUUCAUAAGUGGUGUGCACAUGUGUGUGUUUGUGCAUGUAUUUAUGAGCUUGUGAAUAAUGAAGUUACAGAAAAGUUUUAGCAGCAACCAGAUCUUAUGGAGUACUGGCCUGCCUGUGGUUCUCAAGUAAAUCUUAGAUACUUUUGAUAAAGAGAAGUUUGGAUUCUGUGUAUUUAUAUCUAGCAUUUAAAAAAGACUGUAUAGGUGAUGAUCUUAGUUAUGACCAAGCUCCCUUUAAGAAUUUAGGCAUUUACUAUAUGAUCUCUGUAUUGGGUUAUAAAACUUCCCUAACAGCUGAAGUGGCUAAAGACAAAUGAUGGAGAGGUUACACAAGGAAAAAUUGCAAACACUGAAAAUGAAUACGCCCUUGUUUACAUACCAGCAAAUGAGAAUUCAGGUUUCAUGUCAACUUCAGUAUGAAUAAUUCCAGUGUAUAAGAAGAACAGACAGUGAAUGAAUUAAUUAAUUUGAGUCAUUUUGAAAAUAAGAAUGUUUUCCGUAAAGAGAGCAUUGAACUCAUCCAUUAGCAUGUCAUGGUGAUUUCUGGCUUGACACUGGUCACAACAAUUAAAAGUAAAAAGAAUGUCACAGCGCAUACACAAAUCAGGUGCAUAUAGAAUUUAAGGUUAAGAUAUUCAAGCAAUCACAUCCAGUGAUAUUACACUGGCAUUUAAAAAAUUUCUUUUUGUCUUUUUAGACAUGAUAACUUUUCUGUCCAUCACUUUUUCCAUUCUAAGAGUGGUUAUGUUUUUUAUUGGAAAUUUUGCUAAUGGCUUCAUAGCGUUGAUAAAUUCCAUUGAGUGGGUCAAGGGACAAAAGAUCUUUACUGGCCAAAUUCUCACUGCUCUGGCUGUCUCCAGAGUUGGUUUGCUCUGGGUAUUAUCACUACAUUGGUAUGCAACUGAGUUUGAUCUAGCUUUUCAUAGUGUAGAAGUAAGAAGUACUGCUUAUAAUGUCUGGGUAGUGACCAACCAUUUCAGCAACUGGCUUGGUACUAGCCUCAGCAUGUUUUAUUUGCUCAGAAUUGCCACUUUCUCCAACCUUAUUUUUCUUCACUUAAAUAGGAGAGUUAAGAGUGUCAUUCUGGUGAAACUGUUGGGGCCUUUGCUAUUUUUGGUUUGUCAACUUUUUGUGAUGAACAUGAAUCAGAUUGAAUGGACAAAAGAAUAUGAAGUAAACAUGACUUGGAAGAUCAAAUUGAGGAGUACAAUGUACUUUUCAAAUACAACUGUAACCAUGCUAGCAAAGUUUGUACCCCUCACUCUGACCCUGAUAUCUUUUCUACUGUUAAUUUAUUCUCUGUGUAAACAUCUGAAGAAGGUGCAGGUCCAUGGCAAAGGAUCGCAAGAUCCCAGCACCAAGGUCCACAUAAAAGCUUUGCAAAUUGUGACCUCCUUUCUCCUGGUAUGUGCCAUUUACUUUCUGUCCAUAAUCCUAUCAGUUUGGAAUUUUGGGAGGCUGGAAAAGAAACCUGUCUUCAUGUUCUUCCAAGCUACUAUAUUCAGCUAUCCUUCCACCCACCCAUUCAUCCUGAUUUGGGGAAACAAGAAGCUCAAGCAGAUUUUUCUUUCAACUUUGUGGAAUGUGAGGUACUGAGUGAAAGGACAGAAGGCUUCAUCUCCAUAGAUUCACAAGAGGGGCAUUGUAUGUCUUCUAGCAGAAAACUAAAUGGAGGUGUAUGAAACAUUUUAUAUUUGCUACUGGGUUUUCUGUAAUAUAUGUAUGUAAAUAAUUUCCAAAUAUAUACCUAGAAAAGUCUUUUACCUAAUGUUAGUCUGGAAAAGUAUAUAUGUGUGUGUGUGUCUGUGUGUGUAUUUAUGUGUGUAUGAAAAACUGAAGAACAUUGACAAUAACAUACUUUUUAUUGUUUUUUCACAAAAAAUGCCAAACUAUAGCAAAUAAUUCCACAGAAUUAUGAAGCCAUGUUUAUUUUAUGCAUGUAUUUUUUAUUUCAUUUGAAGAAUUUAUGUCUAUUUAUAAUUAUUAAGAAUUAACAGCUUAUCUCGGGAAAAUUUUGCUCUUUUUGUUGUUACUUGAACCACACAAAUAUACCACAGUGUGCUUAAAAUUUGUUGUUUUAACCUAUAACUUUUUGGAUAAUAAUGUCAUUCAAUUCUAAAUCAAUAAUGAGGAUGUAUCUUCGGGGUUUUAUUCCAAUAUGAAUUCCUAUUUUAUGUUUAGUAAAAUGCAAACAGAAUUGUUGUUAGAAAACAAUGCACACAAUAAAUUUUGAGUGAGAAGCAUAUGUAGAGUAAAUUUCAUCUAUGUCUACCAUGAACAGUACUGAGGAAUUUAAGAUUUAAUACAAGUAUGUGAAUAGCUUAGAAAAAAAAUGUCUUCUAUAAGAGGGAUGAAAAAUCAUGAUCAUGAUCUUGAUUGUCAUUAUCGACUUUCAUAUGCAGUUAGAAAAGUCAUUUCUUCCAGCUUUUGAAUUAUAGAAAAGCUAUUUUUGGAAUUGAGCUCUGAUGUAAAUUAUUUUAGCAUUUUUUCUAGAGCACUUCAAAGUCCCUGAAUUGCUAAUGAUAUCCUUAUCUUCCAUUUAUCAAAUUCCUUCUAAACUUCAGAUAAGAGAACUCCAAUCUUCCCUUUUCUAAAAAAUACUGUCAAUGUGAAAAUAGUAUAGAAAUUAUGGAAAAUAAUUCAGUGAAACUUUGUAAGUGUUAAAAUAGCAUCUAUGAAAUCUAUGUGUUAAUUAUAGGAUGUGCCCUAACGUUGUAAGCUUGUUGUCAGUGAUGAAAUGGAAAUAUGUUGACAUAUUCACAUUCAUAAAGCAUUAUUAAUAAGUGUAUAUGAAAUAACAGUCAUAGAAUGGAAAUUGGGAUAGUCAGGAGGGAGGAAAAUAUCAACAAGAACACUUUCAUCGGGAGUAUCUGGAUUGCUGGAAAUUCUAUUUUUUUUUUUUACCCUUUGAUUUGGAUCUUAUCUGUGUGAAGUAUCUUUGACUGUGUUGGUCAUCGUUGAAUCAAAUAUCUAAAGAAACUGAAUCUGGAACAUCCUAGUCCUCACAUCAAAAGCACUGAAUAAAGUUGGAAUGGGGAGUGGUGGUGGUGGUGGUAUAGCAACAGGAUAGCCUAGUUAGGUUGCACAAGCCCAUCAAAACACAUGUGAUUGUAUGAUUAGAACCAGCAAACUGGUUACUAGAAAAAGUAAUUCAGUGCACUGUAGAGAGAAAAUAUUACAUAUUCAAGCACCUCACAACAGCUUACCACCAAUUUUGUUUGAGGAAUUUCUUUAGGUGUUAAAAUACAAUAAACAACCACAGUUGCCCACUUUUUGAUGGAGUUGUUUGA